CCUUGCUUGCUUCGCAUACCCUAAUCUCUCUCUUUCCCCAUCUCCCAAUCUUCAGUCUAUCCCUCAAUCUGUUACUUGUGAGAUUGUCCCACUUGGGUUUGAUUCUUUGAUCCACAAGGAAGAUUGGAAACAGAAUUUGAAUUCCAGUGGCUAAGAUUGGUGCUCCGAAUGUUUAGUCUACAAACUUCCUUAUUGGUCAUGACACACUUGCUAUUGCUGUUGGUUGCAAUGUAAGGCCUAUGAUUAAAGAAGAUGAAGGAUAGUGAUUCGUCAAGUCGUAAAAUGAUUAACCGGAAUUGGGUCUUGAAGCGUAAACGAAGAAAAGUUCCAUGUGGAACAACCUUAUCCAAUAGUAAAGAAGAAAAUGUGGUAGCCUCAGAAUCUUCAAGGAGUACUUCUUCUGCUAAACGCCGGCUGAAAGGCGAAAUAAGAUCUGAUCAAUCAGCAUCCAAGAAGAAAGGAAAUGAUGGGUAUUACUAUGAAUGCGUGGUUUGUGAUCUUGGUGGCAACUUGUUGUGCUGUGAUAGCUGUCCACGAACCUAUCAUCUGGAAUGCCUCAGACCACCGCUGAAGCGUAUCCCAACUGGGAAGUGGCAAUGCCCAAAAUGCUGCCAGAAAAUUGCAAUUAGUUCCAUUAGCCAUUUGGAACCCAUUUCAAAGCGAGCCAGGUCAAAAGUAAUUAAUUCAAAAUCACAGACCAGAAUGAGGUCUCCUGCCAGUGAGAGAGUAUCCCGGAUUUUUGGGAGCUCCAUUCUUUCAAAAAGACGAUCUUCUAGCCAUGGAAAAUCUGACUCAGGUUUGGGAGUUGAACCCUCAGAAAAAGAAGAUUCAUCAUUAGUAGAUGUGCCUUCUACCAGCAAGCCAAGUAUUGCUUCCCCUGAUUUUGCUGGAGAUGGUAAUACAUUGUCCCCAAAUGUUGAUGUUGAAGAAAAAUGCAGCAUGCCUCCUACUGAUUUAUCUGCAGAAAGAGAGUUGACUCCUAUUGUUGAAGUUCCUUCUCAUUCCAUAAGAGCAGCUAAAGAUCAAAUUGACGAUUCCUGUGAGGGGAAAAAUGAAUUGUCUUGUAAUGAUGAGUGUCCAAAAAACAAAAUUGUUCUUGCUAUUAGUACAGCAAUGGUGGAUAAGAAAAAAAGAAAGAAGGAUAUUAGUCAGAAGAUCAGUCAAAAGAAGCAUAGGACAGAAAAAGGGAAAAAACCAGCCAGUGCUUCCAAUAAUGGGUUCAAAACAAAUAACAGUAAACCUGGAAUGAAUAAGACGAAAAAGGAACGGAAAACUGCUAAUAAUAGUGUUUCUGCACCUUUGUUAAAAGAGGAAGCUGAAAGCAAGAGUUCAGACACCCAGUGUAAAGAUAAGAAGCUUUCUGAAGAGUUGAAUCACCCAUCAGAUAACUUGGACAAAGGUACUGUUGAGUUGUCAGUGGUUCAUGAAGAUAAUGUUACUGCUGAAAUUCAGCAGGUCGACCGGGUUCUAGGAUGUCGAGUUCAAGGUGGUAGUGCAAGCUCUUUGCAUCCUGUUCUGGUGGCAGUUCCAGUACAUUCUGAUGAUUUGCUAAUACCAGAAAAUCAAAAUAGGGUUUCAGAGGGAAAUUCUGCUUGUGAAAAUGAUGCUGAAAUAGGAGUUGCUGAAAGUCAUGGAGAGGGUUGUCCUGAUAUGAUGACAAGUUCUGAUAAGGAAGAAAGCUUGAAGAGUGACAACAAAGCAGAUAAAUUACGUGUAUACAGAAGGUAUAUGACCAAAGAAGGCAAGGAAGUUAAUUCCAUGGCCUUAAUGAGUAAAGACACCGAAUGUACAGAUUUUGCUUCCUUAAAUGGAAAAAAUCAUGAUGAAUCUGCAACAGCUAAUGGGGAAUUGGGUAAAGAAACUCAAAAGAUGGCUGAGGAGAAGGAUGCAGAUGUUAGUUUGAGAAGUCAUUCUACAGAUGAAGCUGCAAAAGAACGUGAAACAAUUGUUUCUCAUGAAUCUGCAAAAACAAGAGAGGUACAUGAAGAAAUAAAAAUGAGUAGCAGUAGUGAAGAUAAAGUUCAGGUGGCAGCUGUUGCUGAAUCUGCAUCUUCUGAUAAAGAAGAAGUAUCAUAUGAAUUUCUAGUAAAAUGGAUGGGAAAGUCACAUAUCCAUAACAGUUGGGUUUCUGAAUCUGAACUGAAAGUCCGGGCAAAGAGAAAACUAGAGAAUUACAAGGCAAAAUAUGGAACAGCUGUGAUAAAUAUCUGUGAGGAAAAGUGGAAGCAGCCUCAACGCAUCAUUUCUCUUUGUGUUUCAAAAGAUGGCAAACAUGAAGCUUUUGUGAAGUGGACCGGUCUUCCUUAUGAUGAAUGCACUUGGGAAAGGUUAGAUGAACCUGUUCUUCAAAAGUCUUCUCAUCUUAUUGAUAUGUUUGAUCAUUUUGAACGUCAAACUGUGGAAAAAGAUGCUUCUAGGGAUGAAUGUAGGGGGAUGGCUGGUUAUCAACAAAGUGAUAUUGUUACUUUGACAGAGCAGCCAAAGGAGCUAAAGGGAGGCUCAUUGUUUCCCCAUCAGCUUGAGGCACUAAAUUGGCUGCGUAAAUGCUGGCAUAAAUCCAAAAAUGUGAUACUUGCAGAUGAAAUGGGGCUUGGAAAAACGGUAUCUGCUGUUGCCUUCAUUUCAUCUCUGUAUUUUGAAUUCAAAGCUACUUUGCCUUGUCUGGUGUUGGUUCCACUUUCCACUAUGCCCAACUGGCUUGCUGAAUUCUCAUUAUGGGCCCCAGAUAUAAAUGUUGUGGAGUAUCAUGGGUGUGCAAAAGCAAGAGCCAUUAUACGAAAGUAUGAAUGGCAUGCUAGUAAUCCAAAUGAGCUGAAUAAGAGAACAGUUUGCUGUAAGUUUAAUGUUCUUUUAACUACUUAUGAGAUGGUUCUUGCUGAUUCCUCUCAUUUGCGUGGAGUUCCUUGGGAAGUUCUCGUGGUUGAUGAGGGUCACCGUUUGAAGAAUUCAGGAAGUAAGCUGUUCAGCUUGCUAAAUACAUUGUCUUUUCAACAUCGUGUUCUGUUGACUGGUACCCCACUUCAGAAUAACAUUGGGGAAAUGUACAAUUUGCUCAAUUUCUUGCAGCCAUCUUCAUUCCCUUCUCUGUCUUCAUUUGAGGAAACAUUUAAUACCCUUACAACUGCAGAAAAGGUGGAGGAACUGAAAAAACUUGUUGCUCCGCAUAUGCUUCGAAGGCUUAAAAGGGAUGCCAUGCAGAAUAUUCCACCCAAGACAGAGCGAAUGGUUCCUGUUGAAUUGUCAUCCAUCCAAGCUGAAUACUAUCGUGCAAUGCUAACUAAAAAUUACCAGAUAUUGCGGAAUAUUGGGAAAGGGGUUGCUCAGCAAUCAAUGCUAAACAUUGUGAUGCAGUUAAGAAAGGUUUGCAAUCAUCCAUACCUUAUGCCUGGUACUGAGCCUGAAUCUGGAUCUGUGGAAUUUCUUCAUGAAAUGAGGAUAAAGGCUUCGGCCAAGUUAACUCUGUUGCAUUCCAUGCUUAAGGUCUUGCAUAAGGAUGGUCAUAGAGUUCUAAUUUUUUCACAAAUGACCAAGCUUCUUGAUAUUCUUGAGGAUUAUUUGACAAUAGAAUUUGGUCCUAAAACAUAUGACAGAGUGGAUGGCUCUGUUUCAGUGGCUGAUAGGCAGGCAGCAAUAACACGGUUUAACCAGGACAAAAGUCGAUUUGUCUUCUUGUUAUCAACACGCUCAUGUGGCCUUGGGAUCAACUUGGCAACUGCUGACACUGUUAUCAUCUAUGAUUCUGAUUUCAACCCACAUGCUGACAUCCAAGCUAUGAAUCGGGCACAUCGAAUUGGGCAAUCAAAUAGACUUUUGGUGUAUAGGCUUGUAGUUCGUGCCAGUGUUGAAGAACGCAUCUUACAGCUUGCAAAAAAGAAACUGAUGCUUGAUCAGCUUUUUGUCAACAAGUCUGGGUCUCAAAAGGAAGUGGAAGAUAUACUACGAUGGGGAACAGAAGAACUCUUCAAUGAUUCAUCUAGUAUGAAUGGAAAAGACAAUGGUGAAAAUAAUAGCAGCAAGGAGGAAAUGCUGAUGGAUAUAGAACAUAGGCACCGGAAGAGGGGUGGUGGCCUAGGAGAUGUGUACAAGGACAAAUGUACAGAUGGCAGCACCAAGAUUGUGUGGGAUGAAAAUGCAAUUUUGAAAUUGCUUGAUCGUUCAAACCUUCAGUCUGGAUCAUCUGAUGUUUCUGAAGGGGAUUUGGAGAAUGACAUGCUUGGCUCAGUAAAGGCCUUGGAAUGGAAUGAUGAAACAACAGAAGAACAAGGGGGAGGUGAAUCACCUCCUGUUGUCAAUGAUGAUUUUUCUGCACCAAAUACAGAAAAGAAGGAGGAUAACUCAGUAAACAGCAGCGAAGAAAAUGAAUGGGACAGACUGUUGCGUGUAAGGUGGGAAAAAUUCCAGAGUGAGGAAGAAGCAGCUCUUGGCCGAGGGAAGCGCCAGAGAAAAGCUGUUUCUUAUAGGGAAGCAUAUGCUACACAUCUCAAUGAAACAAUGAGUGAGCUAGUUCAUUUAAGUGUUGUUGAAGAGGAACGGGAUCCUGAACCCGAACCAGUUAAGGAGUAUACUCCAGCAGGACGAGCUUUAAAAGCAAAGUAUGCUAAACUCCGUGCCAGACAAAAAGAGAGGCUGGCUAAGAGAAAUGCAGUUGUAGAAUCUCAUCCAAGUGAGGCACUUCCAGUACCUGAGGGUCUUCAGUGUCCUCCAGUCAUUGACAAGGAUGCUGAACAAAUCAUCCAGCCAAAUCAACUAGACAAAGAUAAGUCUUCAGUAAUUGAUUUGGAGGAUAAUAAAGUUGCUCAACAAUCAGAUGCCCUGAAGAGCAAGACUGACCCAGUCUUAAGGCUUGGGAGGAUGUCAAAGCAUAGAGUGAGCACUAGCAGUCAAUUGGAUCUCUCUGCUAAUCCUGUUGGGCACACUUCCCCUGAUAGCAUCCUUCCAAGUUACCAUCAUCGAGGCACUAGCUAUCCAAACUCACCUCCAACCAACAAUAUGUUGCCAGUUCUAGGACUUUGUGCUCCCAAUGCCAGUCAAUUAGACUCAUCCCGUAGAAACUUUUUGAGACCAAACGUCAGGCAAAGCAGGGCAGGAACUGGACCAGAGUUUCCCUUCAGUCUAGCUUCUUCUUCUGGAGCUUCAAUUGAGAGAGAAACAAAAAGUCAAGAAACUACUCUGGACAAGUUUAAAUUACCAGAUAUCUCUCAAGAAAUUUUGCAGCAGCAUCUUAAAAGUAGCAAUCUAGAUUGUUGGCUGCCAUUUAAUCAGUAUCAUUCAGCUCUUCCACAAGGAAAAGGUUCAAGUUCCGGUGCUACUUUUGCUGAAUUUCAGGAAAAGAUGUCAUUGCCUAACUUACCUUUUGAUGAGAGACUGCUACCUAGGUUCCCACUUCCUCCACAAAGUGUUGCAACUUCACAUCAUGAACUCUUACCUAGCUUAUCACUGGGGACUAGGCUUGAUGCUGUAAAUGAUUCCAUGCAAGACCUUCCCACAAUGCCGUUAUUGCCCAACUUGAAAUUCCCUCUGCAAGAUCCACUUAGGCAUAAUCAACAAGAGAGGGAACUGCUUCCUACAUUGGCUUUAGGGCCGAUGCCAUCAAGCCUCUCUUCUUUUCCGGAAAAUCAUAGGAGAGUGCUUGAAAAUAUCAUGUUGAGGACUGGUAUCGGGUCUGGCAGUUCAUAUAGAAAGAAGUCAAAGAUGGAUAUUUGGUCUGAAGAUGAACUUGAUUCUCUAUGGAUUGGUGUUCGUAGACAUGGACGGGGCAAUUGGGAUGCGAUGCUGAGGAACCCUGUCUUAAAAUUCUCAAAGUAUAGGAGUUCAGAAGAGUUAGCAGCUAAGUGGGAGGAAGAAGAAGUUAAGAUUUUGGGUGGAUCAGAUCUUCCAGUAUCAAAAUCCACCAAGCCAACAAAAUAUACAAAAUCAUCAUUGUUUCCAAGUAUUCCUGAUGGAAUGAUGACCCGUGCAUUGCAAGGAAGUAGACUAGUUGCACCACCAAAAUUUCAAUCCCACCUGACAGAUAUGAAGUUGGGCUUUGGUGACCUAGCUCCCUGCCUGCCACAUUUUGAGCCACCAGAGCAGCUUGGUUUGAGGAAUGAGCAUUUUCUGCAUAUUCCACCCUGGCACUCCAACAAACUUCAUGCAAAAUUUGCUGGAGAUUCUACAGCUGGACCUUCUGAUAGGCCAGGGACAUCUUCAAAUGUACCUAGUGAUAAAACUUUUCUGCUUGACUCUUGUGGAGCCAGUGACUUGGGUUCAGUAGGUUUAAAUUGCUCGAGUAGCCUUGAUUUACACAGGAAGGAGGAUGAAAGUGGUUUGAAGGAUGGGAAGUUGCCUAGUCUUCUUGAUAGAUCACUGCAUCUCUUGCGUGACUUCCCAAAGAUCAUUGGCAGUGGAGAAGCUGUCAGUUCAGGAUUGCUCCCUGACCAAAGUAAAGGGCUGAAUAUUUCUGAUAUGGUGGGAAAAGGAGCUGGUAGCAGUUCUUCAGAGAACAAGCUACCCCAUUGGCUUCGUGAAGCUGUGAGCAAUCCUGCUAAAACUCCAGAUCCUGAUCUUCCACCCACCGUGUCAGCAAUAGCUCAGUCACUACGUGUUCUUUAUGGGGAAGAUAAGCCAACUAUUCCCCCAUUUGUGGUGCCAGGUCCCCCUCCUACCCAACCAAAGGAUCCAAGACGUAGUCUAAAGAAGAAGAAAAAGCAGCGAAAGUCACAUCAAUUCGGGCAGUUUAAAGAGAUAGCUGGAAGCAGCAGCAUUCAUGGCAACAAUCCUCCAUCAAGCUCAGAUCCAUUGGCUGGACAACUUCACCUGCUGCCACAACCAAUGAGUGGAAGUUCAGGUAUUCCUUGGAGCAAUUCCAACCUCAACUUACCACCACUCAGUUUAAAUAUGAUGAACCCUUCGCCUUUGCCAGCAUGCCUAAUUCCACCAAAGAAAACCUCAGGGUUGUCCCCAUCUCCUGAAGUGCUUCAACUGGUAGCAUCCUGUGCUGGUUCAGGUGUUCAUUUGUCAUCAGCUUCUGGUAUGACAAGCUCAAGCUUACUUGACGGCAAGCUUCCAUUGCCCAAAGCUAUUGACCAUGUUGAAUUCCCAGAUUUACAAGGUGCAUCAGACAAAUCACAGCCCAAGCAAAGCCCACCUCUUGAUGUACGGGAUGAGCUUCAGGAGGUGAGACAAGAUGAGCCUGAUAGUGGGGAUUCCAGCAAGACUCUGUCCAAUCAUUCUCUGCCUGAACAACCUGGUAUGGAGGAAAUAUCAUCAGAAGGCACUGUCUCAGAUAAUCCCACAAGUGACUGGGAACCAUAGCUGUUAUGAAGGAGUAUACAGACGAGUUGAAAGUGCAAAACAGGUAAACUCUUUCGUGCUCCUGGAAUUCCGGGCCUCUUAUAGAUUCCCUCGGGUUUUGUAGGCAUGAUGAAGUGAGUAUUUAAGUAGCAUACACAGGAUCUUUUAGGACAUGUCUCUACUAGUGUAAAAUUUUCUGUAAGUGAAAAUCCACAGAUAUAGUGUUGCAUGCUUGCUGAUGCUUCUGUUGCCUCCAAUGUUUGGAGAACUAAUGUCGUCUGCUUAGCAAGCCUUUAAAGUACUAUUUCUCAUAAUGUCGUAAUCUCCACAGCCAUAGGCCAUAUAUCUAACCAAUAUUUUGCAGAUGAUGGAAUUCAGUGUAAAGGUUCAAUGUCUCAAAUUUGUUUUGAGUUUUGCCAUUGUAUUGUAAUACUGGUAAAGUUACCUCUCCCAUUGUAUUACAUUCAUUCAUACAUACAUACAUACAUACAUACAUAAUACAUGAAUACAAACACU